AAUUACGCUCUUUCUUUCUCUGUAACCUGUAAUCAUCGUAAAAAUGUAACGUAUACGCUAUUUUUUGCUGUUGCACCGAGCACGGUAAGAACACACGUAAUUGCGAUUGAUUGAUAACGAUCGACGAAGGGGCAACGCAUUGUUGCCUCGCACUGCGACCGGAGUUAUAGCUCGUCGAAACUUAAUGCUUAAUUUGCGAGUAGCGUUGCUCGUAAGAUAAUCGUUUCGGUUUUGACGAGGAAACGUCGCGGUGGUCCGAUUCCGUGAGGAUAAUGCGCGCAACUUCCAUCAGCACUUCCGUCGAGAUCGGCCUCAGAUUCGUUGGAAUCUGGCCCGGUUUACCGUAUGGAACCGUCAUUUGGCUCGUGUAUAUGACGUGCUUGGUGUUGGCGCUGUAUUUUCAGUACGUGUACAUUUUCGAUCACUUCGACGUCAACAAAAUCUCGGAUCUCAUCGACGCGCUUAGUAUCAUGUUAUCGGCCAGCCUCGGCGGCCUGAAGCUGAUAUCUCUCUGGUCGAACCGCAGGAUAUUUUAUGAUAUUUUGCUGGCGAUGGAAGGACACUGGAACAACGUCAAUAUUUACGAUAAAUCGGUAUCGUAUAUCAUGUCGGGCAAUGCCGAUCUGUCGCGCCGUUGCUCGAACGUGUUGAUCAGCAUUAACGCCACGGCCACAAUUUACUACUGCAUGACCACUCUUGUGCGUCGUGAGACCGAAUUUAACGAGGAUCUCAACAUUAGUUCGAAAGUGUUACCUAUAAAGAUGGAAUUUCCCUUCGAAGUUGACGCGUCUCCUCUCUUCGAACUUUUAGCGCUUGUUCAGCUUUUUUAUGCAGUGUCGGUGGCUUCUUUAAACGCUAUGAUAAAUUGCUUGCUCAUCACGUUAGUGAGUUCCACCGAUUAUAUAAGUGAUAUGCAUGGCUUUGUAAAAUUUAUUAGCUUUAUUUCUUGCCUGUGAGCUUUAUUUCUCAUUCUUUUACGAGUGCUGAUCAAAACUAAUUAAAACCAAUUUUUGUCUUCUUCUAAAUCCGCAUCUAGAAUUUGGAUAAUUUUAAAAAGAUUUUUUGCUAAUAAUCGGAAGUUUUUAAAGUUUUUUGUGAACUGUAUUAAUAGUCAACGUUUAGGUGCUUCACGUGAGCGGACAGAUCGAUAUUCUUCGUCGAGAAUUACUGACAAUUUGCGGCAAUGAAACUUCACAGCGCUUUUCAAUCGUUGCA